GCAUUACGCCUUUACAGUUACAUUCGUAAACAAAACUAUCUAAUUGUCAGUGAAUUUUCUUUCUUUUCCACUUUUACAAUCAAUAAUAUUUAAUAUUUGCUGGAUAUAAAAUAUUAGCCGAUAUGCAAAAGUAUUUCUGGCCGCUUUUAUUGCCCAUAUUAUUUCUAGCAUAUUCACUGCCUCUAUUCCUGCGUGUCUAUGCCACUGCACCGUCAGUAAUAGAUGAGGAGUUCCAUUUACGACAGGGUCUGCAUUUCUGCAACAAACGUUUCGAUGUGUGGGAUCCUAAAAUCACCACAUUCCCCGGACUCUAUCUGGCGUCGUUGAUACUCAUACCACUCGGUGCUUGCACAGAAUUGGGUUUGCGUUGCAUAUCGCUAGCAGCGGCAACAGCAAAUGUUCUAUUGCUAUAUAAAAUAAGACGCAGGUUGCUUGGUGGCGCACAUGGUCAGCUUGCCGCAUUAGAUGCUUUUACGCUAGGUGCAUUACCACCACUCUAUUUCUUUAGUCAUCUCUACUACACAGAUGCGUUAUCGCUAACGACAGUACUGCUAUUCUACUACUACUGGCACAAAGAGUCACAUCUGCAGGCUGCUGUUUUUGCUGCUGCUAGUGUAUUGAUGCGUCAAACCAACGUAGUAUGGGUCGGUAUGUGCUUCGGCAUAACAGCGCUGGAUGUGCUUACAGGCAAUUACGCGCGUGCUAAAGGCAUUAAAAGACAACAAGUUGAAUUACUUAAUCCCAAGACACUCUUGCACAUACUCACUUCGUAUCGCCUAUUAGGGCGCAGUAUUUGGCAAAUUCUGCGUAAAGGUUGCUACUACCUAAUCAUAAUAUUGCCUUUUCUGUUCUUCGUGUUUCUUAAUGGUUCCAUUGUUAUUGGCGAUAAGCGUGCGCAUGAAGCAACCAUACAUGUGCCGCAGCUAUUUUACUUCAGCAUUUUCGCUUUGUUCUUCGGCAUCUCCAAUACUUUACAUGAAUUGCGUCCGACACUACAUUGGCUAUCGCGCGAAAAACUGAUUGUGCUCUUCCUGCUCGGCGCUGGCAUACUAGCCGUCAAAUGGAAUACACUCGUACAUCCAUAUUUGCUGGCAGACAACCGUCAUUACAUCUUCUAUAUAUGGCAUCGUUUCUAUGGCCGUUACGAAUGGUUCAAAUACGCUAUGGUGCCCAUUUAUGUAUUCGGUUUAGCGCUGCUGCACUCAGGCCUACAGCACAUGCGCACAAGCUUUAAGUUGAUGUUUUGGAUUGCGGUCUUCCUGGUGCUAUGUUUUCAACGCUUGCUCGAACUGCGUUACUUUCUCAUACCAUUCGUGCUGUAUCGCCUGCAUACACAGCCGCUAAUUAAAAGCCGUUGGGCAGAGUGGCUGGAGUUGGGCUGCUAUGUGGUGCUUAAUGCGUGCACAUUCUAUAUAUUCUUCACCAGAGAAAUCAUGUGGGAGAAUUUUAAGCAGCCACAACGCAUUAUUUGGUAAACACCAAUGAAAGAGUCAUUAAUGAAAUGUUUUAAAUGAACUAUUCCUAAGUGUUGAAACAUAUUGUGGAGAAUUACAAGUACGUAAGCAGCACUUUUUUCUUAUUUGUUUUUUUUUUUUUAUAUUAUUAAAUUUUAUAAUAAUAUAGUAGUAUAGCGAUUUGUGUGUAUGCACUUUUUGAGUAUGAUGUGUAUUUAUAUUGAAUAAAAAAUUGUCAAAUGCUAUUUGUAGUCGCAACAACAAAUAGCCGACAAAUAAAGCAAUAAGUAUC